UUAGACAAUUCGUGUAGUUGGUGAAACAUCUCGUCGGCUGCAGUUGUGACUGAAGAAUCUCUCUGUCUUCAAAACUGAGAAGAUGGGAACACAUUUCAUUUUAGUGGGUCUGCUCUUCAUCUGUGGCCUCUGCCUUGGUCAAGAAUGUAGACGGGAGCUUCUGGUGAAUGUGGAUUUUAACGGAGCAGACAUAAAAUCUCUCUGGUCUCCUGAUGCCGAGCACUGUCAGUACCUGUGCACCCAGCACCCCACCUGUCUCUUCUUCUCCUUUCUUCGGCCUGAUUGGACACAAGAUAAAAGACAGUUCUUCUGCUACCUGAAGGCCACUCCCUCCGGACGGCCCAAACAUCAGCUUCCUAUACUGGGCAUCACCUCUGGCUUUUCUCUUAAACCUUGCUACCCAGAUCCACAGCCUUGUCUGCCUCGAGUGUAUCAUCACACCGUCUUCCAUGGGCGCGAUUAUAAAUUUUUGUUCACAGCAGACCAUGAGGAGUGUCAGAGAGCCUGCACACAUGAUCCUGACUGUCAGUUCUUUGAUUUCGUAAAAACAGACUUCCCUCAUGAGAGGUUCAGGUAUAAGUGUCACCUUAGAUUCAGCUGGAAUAUACCAAGGAUACCUAUAAUCAUACGAAGUGCUUCACGAAUAUCUGGUUUCUCCCAGAGAAUACAACACACUCAGAACUUUGGCACAGGUCAUCAAACACUCAAAGCAUGUGAGGGAAAGCUUUUUCCACACACAAACAUCCCCGGGUUCGACAUCGAUAUUCUGCCUGCUGUCUCUCCUGAACACUGUCAGACAUUCUGCUCCGUCCGUCCACUCUGCACCUACUUCUCUUACAUCAGCCAUACCUUUAAAUGUUACCUGAAGAGCAAUCCACAUCAAAUGGCCCGCACUGCUGCAGCAGGAAUCACAUCUGGGUUACCAACACGCUUCUGUCAGCCCAAUAACAACUGGAUCAAGAAGACUUAUGUAGGAAUUGAUUUCCCACAUUCUGACAUUCGCAAUUUUAUAACGGAUGGUGUUGAGUCCUGCCAGAGAACCUGUACUGAGGAUCCCAGCUGCCAGUACUUCAGCAUCGUUUCCAAGCGCCAUUGCUUUCUCAAGCGUGUCAUCACCAUGCCCUUUCUUGUUCAUAUCCACAAAGAGGCUCAUAGAGUGGCUGGCUUCUCCCUGAGGAACUGUCCGUAUAAAGAACUUGAAUCAAAACAUCAGAGUUAUUGACAGAUAAUCAAUGUAAUCCACAUCUAAUCAACGUGAUCAACAUCAGUGUAAUCCAUAUCUAAUCAAUGUAAUCAAUAUCUAAUCACUGUAAUCAACAUCAAUGUAAUCAAUAUCUAAUCAAUGUGAUCAACAUCAGUGUAAUCCAUAUUUAAUCAAUGUAAUCAAUAUCUAAUCACUGUAAUCAACAUCAAUGUAAUCCAUAUCUAAUCCAAUAAAAGAUUCAGC